CGACCGCCGUUCGGCGACCCGCAGCCGCCGCGGCCCGAGUUCGACCCCAGCAUGCCGCGCCUGGUGACGUCACUGGUCGGCCGCGACGCCCGGCUCAGCUGCAUCGUGCGCACGCUCGGCAACAACACGGUGUCGUGGAUCCGGCAGGAGGACCUCCACAUCCUCACCAUCGGUCGCUACACGUACACCACCGACCUGCGCUUCGAGGCUCUGCACGAGCCGGGCAGCGCGUUCUGGGCGCUGGCCAUCCGCGGCACCCGUCGCAACGACUCGGGCCUUUACGACUGCCAGAUCAGCACCAAGCCCGUGCUGACGACCACAGUACGGUUCAGCGUCAUCGUGCCCGAGACCCGGAUCCUGGGCGCCAGCAGCGUGUUCAUCCAGCGAGGCAGCGACGUGAACCUAACGUGCACGGUCAGCUACAGCCCGGAGCCUCCCGAGGCCGUCCAGUGGUGGCUCGACAACAGGACGGUGGCCUUCAGCUCCGCUCGCGGCGGCAUCAGCGUCAUCACCGAGAAGGGCCACCGGACCACGUCCCACCUGCUGAUCCAGCGGGCCGGCAGCCGGGACUCGGGUCGCUACUCGUGUCACCCGAGCAACGCCCAGCCGGCCUCCGUGACCGUGCACAUACUGGCCGGCGAGCAGCCGGCAGCGAUGCAGAAUAGCGGCGCCUCGCUGCCGUCGGGCCGGAGCGCCGCGUCGGCUGCCACGCUGCUUUGGCUUCUCCUGCUCCGCAGAAGACCGCCCGGUAUCAGGUGAUCUCAGGUCAAGGUCACCGUCUCAAGUAGCGGGGGCGCUGUGGAACUGAGCCGUGGCAGUGGACGCCGACCUGAGCCGUUGUCGGGUCCGGCCAGCGACGUUCGACCGAGCUCUGCGUGGAACUGGAGCGGUCUGGCGGCAGGUGGAGCGUCGAGCUCUGUGUGAAACUGGAGCGCUCCGGUCGCAGGUGGAGCGCCGAGCUCUGUGUGGAACUGGAACGAUCCGACGGCAGGUGGAACGCCGAGCUCUGUGUGGAAUUUGGGCGGUCCGGUGGCAGGUGGAGCGUUGAACUGGGCGCUAGCAAACCACUCACAGCAUCGCAAAGCGCGAAGGUGGAGCGGGAGCGAAGCGGGACACCGCGGCCGAGCGCCAUGCAUGCUCCGAUUAUGCAUAGCAGAUGUGUGGUUGGCAUGAGGUGAGAGGUUGAUCGAUCUAGCUUUGCCUAAUGUGCUAUUUUUUGGGAUGACAAACUCAUGCGUUGUGAUGGCGCCGUGGGUGGUUGAAAUGACGUGGUAUUCUCAUUCUAAGACUGAGGCUCACUGCGUUGAGCGCUCGAAUUGUUUUGCGUGUCUAAAUGAUAACGACGAAAGUACCAGACUGCACUGGAUCAAUUACCUUCUGGAACUCAGCUUUUAUACAAUUCCUUUGCUUCUGAAAGGAUGUCUUUCACUCCACGGACUUUGCUCCUUGUUUGGCGUGCAAGUGCUUUGAUCAUUGACGCGACUGUUAAGGAGGCUCAUCAGGUCUUUUGCAAUACUCAUGUUCUUCGUGUCAUAUUCUCGCCACAGGACGCGAUUCCAGACAAAGUACGGCCACUUUAUGGCGGCACGAAAUUACGAGCACGGCAAAACGGCUACUGGAGGUGAGCAUCAGUCGUGAUGCGAUGUGUGCAAAUGAGACGUGAAGCGCACCGGAACCAACAAACCAUUAUUUUAGGCGAGCUGGUGGCAGGCCCGUCUGUUAUUAAUGUCUCAAGUCGGCGACAUUUUACGAUAUUACGAAUAAUGCAGCGGUAUCGACAACACGGUACAUUGGUCCGUGACUUCCGUUUGCUCACAUGUCUCACUGUCAGGAUGCUCCUGCCGAAGCUGUCUAACCAUUGUAGGCAUUCGGGAGUUCUUUGUGGGAUUCGUUCCCGAUGACACGUUUGGCCAUCAGUGUGUCAUGCCCUAAUGUUUCCGGACGCACUCGUGAGGACUUCAGAGGAUACUGGAGAGAUCCAAACGACUUUAUGAUCUGAGUCACGUGAUAUGUUUUGUGUAAGAAUGCAACCAUCGUAAGUUUUCUAUGUGCUUAUGUGCCGUCAGCAUUCCCGACGUCGUGUUUGAGAGCUUGAGGAAAUACCAGGGGUGACUCAUGAUAGUUGUCAUGCGUCAGAACCAUGAGUUGCUUGUGUGGUGGGUUCUCUUUUGAUAGGUUAGCAACAUUUUGUGUGUGUUUGGUUUGAAUAAA